AGUCCCGCUUUACAAACAGGAGAGGGAGGAGGUUGGUCUGCGGCUGGAACUUGAACAAAGUCCCUGAGAACUAAAGUUCAGCGGGGCGGUAAAUUAUUAUAGAAUCAAACCGACUGUGUGGUUUCUUAAAAGUGGAUCCUGAGCCCAGCCGCACGGGACCGUCGGUUGCUCUUUGUGUGUCUGUGGUUUGUUCCUGUUUUCGCUGAGUGUGAGUCUGAUCUUCCUGAAAACACCUGCGUGCUUCAGGUAACUCCCCGAUGAAGAGGGAAGUGUGAGGAGCCUGGGCGGAGAGGAAGGAGAAGUUUGUUCACCUGAGGAUCAAACCCUGGAUGCAGCCGUCUGUACUGUAGCUGGAGGAAGUCAAGAGCAAGUCAAGUUCCACUCAAGACCAAGACAACGUUCAGGGAUGUGUUCCAAUCGCAGUCGAUGUGGCGGCAACAACCGUGCCAACCGGUCCGGCUCAGAGGGCACCAGUUCAGGCGCCCACUACGCCCUGUGCGCCCUGGGAGUCGGACUGAUUGCCCUGGGUGUCGUCAUGAUUGUGUGGACUGUUAUACCCACAGAUGGAGAGAAAUCGGACGAGCCCUCCAAUCAUUCAGGCAACUCCACCGCAGGAUCAGAUGAGGAGGGCGGAGACGAGGAGGCAACUGACCACACAAAGUCUUCGUCCGUGGCGAUGGUGCUGGUCGGGGUAGGAGCAGUCAUGCUGCUGCUGUCCCUUUGCCUCGGUCUGAGGAGCAAGAGGAGAGCACGCAACAGACCUACACCACCUGUGGCGGCGGGAGGCACCCUCCUGAACCACGUGGCUGCAGAAGAACCUGUGGAUCCAGUCACAUUCACCGUGCCAAGCUAUGAGGAGGUCAUCGGCAGUAACGACUACCCCGUCCGUCAAAGUAACCUUCGCAACAGCACCUCCCAGCUGCCCUCUUACGAGGACAUCAUAGCAGCCGUGGAAAAUGAGGGUGCGGACACCACAGACAAUCCCACGGAGGACACCCCUCUUAGUGGGUCCACAGCAGCUCCCAUCGAGCCCGCUGCUGAGGCCGCCCAGGCCGACCCUCCUGGCCUGACCAGUAACCCCAGCCUGCCAACCCGUAGCACCAGCCGGGCCAGCCGCUUGCUCCGGCCCCUGCGGGUGAGGAGGAUCAAGUCGGACAAAUUGCACCUGAAGCACUUCCGCCUCCAGAUCCGUACCCCCACACAGAAUCCGGUAACAAUUGAACCCAUCACUCCGCCACCGCAGUAUGAUAAUAAGAUGCCUGAGUUACCGUAGGAGCUCUUCCCUCAUUUCUCCCACACUGUCUGUUCCUGAUGAAUCCAAAAAGCUCAGCCUUAAAAGGACUAAUGAUACAUUUUGAAAGCCCAUGUUCUAGGUUGGUAUUAAACAGGUUAACUGUGGCUGCGAGCAGUGUGACGCAGGCCGUGCAGACACUUUCCUGAGAUGAGAAUAUUUUCAAAGUUAAUAUCUAAUUCUUUAUCUGUGAAGCGUGUGAUUGGCAUAUUUAUUCUGUUAUAAUGCAUCGGCUUGAAAUGGCCCACUUUCACAUUUGAGAUUAUUUUAAGCUUGUCAAACAAAGGGCAGCCUCUCAGUUUUAUUUAAUAUCCAGUCUUUUUUCACCUCAGCUGGAUUUAUAUUGUUGUAUUUUGAGUUUGAUUAGUGUUGAACUGUGGUAAACUUUAAGCCAUGGCUUGCAUUUCAGAAAGGGGUAAAAGGGAAACUAAAUAAUUUGCAUUGGUAUUAAUGUAUCAUCAGUGUCAGAUGCACCACUUGUUUGUGAUUUGAAACCGAAGAAAAUGCACUGAGGCCAAAAACUUUGUGACAAAACUUAUCUUUAUAAAUGUUUGUUGUUGUUUGUUUAAACUGUCUUGUUUAAAAGGAACUUGUUCUAAUUACCUUUGUAGAUACAGAUAUCAUGAGAAGAAAAAUAUUAUAUGGAACAGUAAAACCAGAAGUAAACUACUGAUUAUUUUAGUACGGGCUGUGGUAUUAAAUGUGCGUUGCUUCGAGAUUUUAAAUACUUUAAAUGUUGAAAUCCCUUUGAAUAAGUGUUUUUCUCUUUCCUCCAGGAUCAUGUCCAGCUUUUAUUUUUUUUUGCAAAAUGUCAAACUACAUAACUUAAAUUGUAAUUAUUCAGUAGACCAUUUUUCAUCAAUGCAAUGUACGGUCACAACAAAUUGCUCUAUUAAAUACAGAUUAAAUCACCAUCACUGCCAUUCAAACACACAAAUAAAUUAUUGCUGCAUUUUCUGAUGAUUUAUUUUUUAUUUGCCUGCUCAAGAGAGCGGCUUAUUAUCAGAGAGAGAGAUGUUGUCUUUAUACUUUCAGUUAAUAAAAUCUAACUGUAGA